AUAGAUAAAAUUGUAAAUUUGGUCUCUCUAAUUGUUUUCAAUUUUAAUUUUAGUCUUUCUUUAACUUUAUUCACAAAUUUUGUCUCAUUUAUGUCUAAUCCCAUAAAUUUGAUUCCCAAACUCAGAUUUGGACCCAAGUCCAGAUUUGGACGUUGAUUGUUACAAACAAACGUUGAUUGUCACGUGUCACGUUUUGAUUGGACCAUAAACAACUCUCUAGCAGCCAAUUCUCAGACACACACCCUCACUCUCUCUCCCUCGUUUUCCAUAAUGCAGCUCCUUCGGGAACUGCUCAUGGCAGCAUUGUUCGUCCUCGCCACCCUCUUCGACACACACAACAUCACCAACAUCCUCACAAAGCACCCUGAGUUCUCCACCUUUAAGCACUACCUCACCCUCACCCACCUCGCCCCCGAAAUCAACGGCAAAACCACCAUCACCGUCUGUGCCGUCAACAAAGCUGCCAUGUCGAACCUUCUCUCGAAGCACCCCUCCAUCUACACCGUCAAAAACGUCCUCUCCCUCCAUGUCCUCCUUGACUACUUUGGUGCCAAGAAGCACCACUAGAUCACCAAUGGCACCACCCUCGCCGCCACAAUGUACCAAGCCACCGGCACCGCCCCCGGAUCCGCUGGCUUCGUCAACAUCACCGAUCUCCACGACGGAAAAGUCGCAUUCACCCCUGAAAACAACGACGAUACACUCUCCUCAACGUUCAUCAAAUCAGUCAAAGAAAUCCUUUAUAACAUCUCCUUAAUCCAGACCAGUAAGGUUCUCCCCUCUAAUUGGACCACACCCAAUUAAAAUGACGCACUUAUUUAUGGUCCAAUCAAAAUGUAACACAUGACAAUCAACGUUCGUUUGUAACAAUCAAUAUUCAAAUAUGGGCUUGAGAACCAAAUUUACGAGAUUGAACAUAAAUGGGAGACUAAAUUCAUGCAUAAAUUUAAGGGGGGAUUAAAAUCGAAAUUAAAGAUAACUAGGGGACCAAAUUUACAAUUUUGCCAAAAAAAAUGUAAUUAAUAUUUUAAUUUUAUACAAAUUAUUAACUAAUUUCUUAUCUAUAUUUUGUAUCUAAUUAUUUUUCUCUAAUAAAAAACCACAUAUAAUUUAGAACAAAGAAGGAUGAACAUCUAAUGUUAUUUUUCACUUUGGGAGAGGGAAGAGGAUGGAAAAAAAGAAACACAC